AUGAAAGCAACAUGGUCGAAAGCGAGUGUUACGUUUAUAGCCGAGCAACCAACAUUUUUUCAGCGUCUACGUGCUUCUUUACCACCAUAUUACACAGUAAAUGAUAAAUGUUCAGGAAACUUUGAAGAAAUUCAAAUUAAUUGCGCACAUGAUGAAUCAUUCAAUUUUAUUAAAAUGAAAUUAUAUCGAUCUGAUGACAAGACAGUUGAACAGAAAGAAAUUAUUGAUUAUUUGAAAUCGAUUGUUCAAGAUUACGAACAUCCCUGUGAAAUGUUCAUUGAAAGGACACUUUUACGAGAGCAUACAUCUUAUCAGGGUAUCGGUGAUGGUUACAGUGCAGUUACAACGCUAGUACCAGAUAAAAGAUAUAUCUGGAAACUAACAUGCGGUCUUCGACCGAAACAAUAG